UUUACCUUCUUCUGCUAUAUCUCAAUAUUUCCUCUUAAAUCUCCCCUACUAUUUUUUUUACGUCUUUUAUGCUUAACACCAAUUACGUUAAUGGGUUCUACUCAGAAUCUUGAUUCGGAUACUGAUGAAUCAACUUCAAAGAAUGUCCAUAGCCAGAGAACCGAAAGCAUAUCUGGCUUUGUCAUGCAAAGAAUAAUAAGGUCAGGAUUUUCUUCUAUCUUUUUGUCUCCUGACAAUACAACUUCGCGUCCUACACUAUCCCUCGAUUUCUUACCUUGUUCUGUAAAGAUUGAGGCUUCGACAAACCAAGGUCUCUUGCUUUGCACGCAUUUCCCGCCAACAUAUCGAAACAUUCCGAAGGUUUAUGUGUGCAAGCCCACUACAAAACAAUGGAAACAAAUUCCGAAUCCAAAGACUCGAUAUAGGAAUAAAGCAAUUGGUAUGAUUGUGUUAAGUUCAAGACCUUUGCAUUACAAGAUUGUGAGAUUUUCUCAGCCUAAGUUUCGUACAGAUAGAGAUUCCUAUCGAUUUAAUAAUCUUCGAUGCGAGGUUUUUGAUUCAAAGAUCCAUGCAUGGAAGCAACUGAAGGAAGUGAUUUUGUACGAGUCAUUCAUUGGUUUUAAUCCUUCUGUAUCUGCUUGUGGUUCACUUCAUUGGCUUACGUUUGGAUGUAAAAUUUUUGCCUUCCAUGUGAAGGAAGAGAUAUAUAGCAUGAUUUCGCUACCCGAACCGGUUCGUAAGAAUUAUCAUCAAAAGAUCAUGAUGCUCGGUGAGUUUGAGGGAAAUCUUGCCCUAAUAUGUAAAGAGGAAGGCGAACGUUUCAUGGAGCUAUGGAUCAUCGAGAACUAUGAUAGAAAAAUAUGGAAGAAGAAGCAGAUAGUGAACUUUGAAGCUUUAACAAAAGAGUUACCAUAUAUUAUCCUUACUGGCGUCUGCAAUGCUAAUGUUGCAUUAAGGGAUGGAAUUGAUAAGUUGACAUUUUUCAACUUAAAAGAUGGAAGAACUAAACCUUUGAGACUGGAGAUGGGCUUUGAUGUUGUGGAGACCUUUUCAUUUGAGUCAGAUUUUGAGCCUUAUGUGGAUGAAUCUGUGUUGGAGGAUUCAAGAGGAAAUCAAGAACAAGAGAAUUGAAACCAAGAAAGUUUUUCAUGAUUAAGUUGGUUGAAUUCUUUAGAUUUUUAGUGUCUAACACUACUCUUAAUCUAUUUAGGAGUCGUUCGUUCAUUGUUUUUAUGGCAAAGAGAAUUUUAUUGAUUUCAAUGUUAUGUUGUGGGACCGUUGGUUUA